CCUCAGCCAGGGCUGUGGCCAGAGGCAACCCAGACCCUUAGCUGCAUUUGGAGGGCAGAUAACUGAAACCACAGAAGGCUUUCGAAUCCUGAGAAACAAGAAAUCCACCAACGGAGAAGGAUUUAUUAUCUGUUUCCUUUAAGGAGGGUGCAGAGUUGUUCUAACAGUUUCCGUUACAGGGUUGCCCACUGGCCGCACCUCCCUAACAGACGGUUUUGUUGAGUUAGCUUCCUUUUUUCUUCUUUUUUGGCCCCACUUCCUACGACAGAAACUGCUUGAAGUGAGAGAAGACAAAAGAGUCCUGGGGGGGCAGGGGUCCUUCAUCCUCUGAGGACUAAAGCAGGAACGAGGUCCCCGGUAGCCAGAGGAAGGGAAAGUCAAGGGGGAUCCCCCACUUUCUUCACACCCAGGACGCAGGAUGCCGCUGCUUGCCACAGAAACCCCAACAAGGCUUCUCUUUGACUAUUCAGAGAGUAUCUAUUGUGUAUCAGGUCCUGUGCUGAGCUGUUGUUGCCUGACUGGAGGGCAAGCACGGGUCUGGCUUCUGUGAGGAAGCCGCAGGGCAGCCCCCAACUACGAGCCUCCGCCCACACAUGGGGAACGCUGAACGCUUGUGGGAUGGAACUAGGGCAAGAGCACAGAUCCUGACACAGCAGCCCGGGCGCAAUAACUGAAGGUGGAGGAGGGCAAAGUGCGAGAGGUAACUCUUCAGGUGUCACCAAGGCGGGAAGGUGUUACACAGAGCGGCGCGGAGCAGUGCUCUCUACCCGGCUCGCCAGGAGUCAAUAUGGCUGCCGCGGAGGGAGGCGUAGCAGCUCCAAGUUCGGGCAGGAGCGGGGCGGGGCCGCCGUCAGCGGAGACAACGCGCAGGCGCAGGACGCUUGGGCCCCGGAUGGAGUGUGGGCAACAAAUCUGUUCGCUGAGACUAGAGCUUGACUCUGCAAAGAGGAAAGGAAGAAUGCAAGUCUGGUCAAGAUGCAGAGAAGCCUGAGGAAGCUCAGUCCUAAUAGCGAAUCACCCGGAUUCCUGGUGAGGGAAGGAUGUGGCCCCUGGAUCCAUCCCGAAAAGAGGUGCUGAGGUUUGCAGUCAUCUGCCGUGUCCUGACUCUGAUGCUACAGGCCCUCUUCAAUGCCAUCAUUCCAGAUCACCAUGCAGAAGCCUUUUCUCCUCCCCGCCUGACCCUCUCUGGCUCUGUGGACCAGCUUGUGGAAGGUCUUCUGGGUGGCCUCUCUCGCUGGGAUGCUGAACACUUCCUGUUCAUUGCGGAGCAUGGCUACCUCUAUGAGCACAACUUUGCCUUCUUCCCUGGCUUCCCUUUGGCCUUACGGGUGGGGACUGAACUGUUGAGACCCUUGCAGGGCCUACUAAGCCAACGGAGCUGCUUGCUGAUUUCAGUAGCAUUGCUCAACUCCUUGUUCUCCGUGCUGGCCACAGUUGCGCUUCAUGACUUGGGGUGUCUGGUUUUGCACUGUCCCAGCCAAGCCUUUUAUGCAGCACUGCUCUUCUGCCUCAGCCCUGCCAAUGUUUUCCUGGCAGCUGGUUACUCAGAAGCUUUGUUUGCCUUCCUGACAUUCAGUGCCAUGGGGCAGCUGGAAAGGGGCCGAGGCUGGACUAGUGGGCUCCUCUUUGCUCUUGCCACUGGGGUACGCUCCAAUGGGUUGGUCAGUAUCGGCUUUCUCCUGCAUUCCCAGUGCCGAGGAUUUUUCCGUUCUCUUGUAGUGCUGAACCCCCUGAGACAGCUCUUUAAACUGCUAGCCUCUCUGUGCUUGUCAGUGCUCACACUCAGCCUUCCCUUUGCCCUCUUUCAGUAUUAUGCCUACACCCAGUUCUGUCUACCAGGCUCAGCCCACUCCAUUCCUGAGCCCUUGAUGCAAUUGGCUCUGGACAAGGGUUACCGGAUCACAGAUGGAAAUCUGCCGCCAUGGUGCUCCUGGGACCUUCCUCUAAUAUACAGCUAUAUCCAGGAUGUCUACUGGAAUGUUGGCUUUCUGAGAUACUAUGAGUUCAGGCAGGUGCCUAAUUUUCUACUGGCUGCACCUGUGGCUAUCCUGGUUUCCUGGGCAACCUGGACAUACAUGACCACCCACCCUUGGCUCUGCCUUACCCUUGGAUUGCUAAGGAUCAAGGACAGUAAGACUGUCGAGAAGCCCCCUCAGGGCUUUCUCAGUCCACAGGUGUUUGUGUAUCUGGUCCAUGCUGCAGUGCUGCUGCUGUUUGGAGGUCUGUGCAUGCAUGUUCAGGUUCUCACCAGAUUUUUGGGCUCUUCCACUCCUGUUGUAUACUGGUUUCCAGCUCACUUGCUUCAGGAUCAAGAGCCACUGCUGAGAUCUCUAGAGAUGGUGUCUUGGAAGCCUGGUGCAGAGGACUUCCCACCAGGACAAAAAGUCCCCAGAAAUUCUAUCAUGGGACUCUUAUACAACUGGAAAACCUGCUCUCCAGUCACACGAUAUAUUCUAGGUUACUUCCUGACUUACUGGCUCCUGGGACUACUUCUACAUUGCAACUUCCUGCCUUGGACAUGACCUGGAAUCUCAAGAGACAAGCUGGAAGCCAACUUACCCAGACUCAGAAAAUUAAAAGACACACUGAUACUACCUGCCCUGAGAUCAUUAUUCUACCUAGCUCUCUCUCUCCCUCUCUCUCUCCCUCCUUCCCUCUCUCUCUCUCUCUCUCUCUGUCUCUCUCUGUGGAGGUUGGUUAGGAAUGGGAGAAACAGGAGCCACUAAAGAGCCACUUCUGGUCCUGACUGAGACAAGAGCUGGUGACAGUCUACACAAGAUAGUGCAAGCCUGUAUAGUGUGGUGGUAGUAGGAAAGUAGGAUCAUGUUCUCUUAAGUGGAACAUUGUUUCAGAAGGUUUUUUC